GUGUGCAUCGUUGGUCAGGUGCGCACUCUCGUGCGCAAGGAUAUCCAAGAUCAUAUAUACGACGCCGUACUUGCUCCACUUUUGAUCGGCGGAAAAGUCCACGUAUUUCUACAUCUUGAUAAGAAGGGCGUGAACGUCGACGUCGAAACCGAGCUACGUUCUUGGUUCUCGCUAGAAUCUCUGCGCGUCUACGACGUGGAACCACACGGGCGCGUAGGCGAGGUAGGGUGCGUUUCUGCAGGGUAUCCCCAAGUUUAUCGACAGCGCGAGUGUUUGCGAGACGUACAAGCGUACGGAAAUCGAAGUGACGUUGAGUUCGAUCACUUCAUCCUGACGAGGACAGACAUAGAAUAUUACGCUAGACUGCCGCCUGGAGAGACGUGGUAUGGGCUUAAAAGAAAUCUUGUUCUCAAUGGAAUGGUGAUCUAUCGCGACGAAGUGGACGGGAAUAGUGUUGGAUCAGGUCGAGAAGUUUCUUUUAUGACGGACACGUUCACCAUCAUACCGAGAGAAGCCUUGGAUAGUUUCGCUACGAUGGCAAAUGCAUACGAAAAUUGUAUCAGUACCCACCCACCGAGCGAGAAUACAUGCGGCGAUCGUUGGUCGUGGUCGGAGUGUAGAAUACAGAUGGCGUCUGCGAGUUACCAAGUCGGUAAACUGAGCACUGCAGCGGGCGAAGUUUAUCGAGGUACCAUAUUUCGAUGUGAAGACUCGGCGUGUUUGUCAAUUCGACGCGAUUACUGCCAAACGGAACCGUGCGAUGUAGCACGGCGGUCUCUAGCAUCGAGUUUAGUCGGUAGUCAAAUCGAAUUUACGGAUGAAUAUCGAUCAGUCUGA